AUGCUUACUGGUUUCAUCUUUCUGCUCUUCCUCACAGAUGGGGUGUUACCUGAGAAUAACUGCAGUUAUCAGGAUGUUUUAAACCACCUGCAGCUGACCAAAACCAAUGAGCUGUACUCAAUGACCCGCCCCGUUAAAAACCACAAGCGCCCCACACGGGUUUCUCUGGAAGUGCUGCUCUAUGCCAUUCUGGAUGUGGUUGAGAAAGAUCAGAAAUUCAUCCCUUAUGUUUGGACUGUCAUGAGGUGGCACAAUGAAUACAUAUCCUGGGAUCCAAAUCAGUUUUGUGGAAUUGAUAGUGUUUCUCUUCCUGCUGAAGUGUUGUGGAUACCAGAUAUCACUAUUGAGGAAAUGACAGAGAAGGACAAAGCCCCUCCGAGUCCUUAUCUCACCAUCAAUGAUAAAGGUGAUGUUGAGGUCCAGAACAACCAGGUGCUGGUCAGCACUUGCAGGAUGCACAUUUACAAGUUCCCCUUUGACAUACAGAACUGCAACCUCUCCUUCAAGUCUAUCAUACACACCGCAAAGGAUAUUCGACUCCAGCCAAGCGACAACUCUACAGAUGCCACAGAGUGGUCCCGUGACGUGAUGCGGACCCAGUACGAAUGGUUGUUUCUCAACAUGACCGUUACCACCAACAACGCCAGCGAUCUGAUCAGCCAAGACAUCAUCAUUUACACUAUCACCAUGAAGAGGCGGUCUCUCCUCUAUAUUGUCAACUUCCUGGUACCUAUCCUGUUCUUCCUGUGUCUGGACUUGGCCUCCUUCCUGAUCUCAGACAACGGGGGAGAGAAGCUCAGCUUCAAGGUCACUGUGCUGCUCGCUGUCACUGUGUUACAACUUAUUCUGAAUGAAAUUCUCCCUGCCUCUUCAAACAGGAUUCCUCUUAUUGCGGUUUAUUGCAUUGGGAUUUUUGCUCUGAUGCUACUAAGCCUCCUGGAGACAAUUUUGGUGAUGCAUCUGAUGGAAAAAGACUCCCAAGCAUCCCAAGACAACAAGGCAGAUAAUGGUCGGAGCAAGGACUGUAACAAGAGGGGCAAGGCCAACUUCCACGAUAGUCACCAAGAGGGGAACGAAUGGACUCAAUGCGGCUGUAUCUAUGAUGUGUGUGAAACUCCGUCUGAAUUGCUGCCUGUAACCAAAGAGGGCAACAGCAGAAAGGUGAUGGAGGAGUAUCAUGCCUUGGAGAAGCUCUCAGAUGAGCUGAGGGAGAUGCAGAAAACAUUGUCCCUACUCCUCAGCAACACCAAGGAAGUGGCGAAGCCUGGUUACUGGACCAGAGUGGCAAACAAAGUCAACAAAGUUUUCUUUAUUUUCUAUUUAACAGUGGUUGUCUAG